AAAUAACACUAGCUUACUGUGCACUGGACUCGGGCACCGCAUGCGUCGUGUUGCGCAUCGUCUUGCUCCGCAUGCUCCGCACGCACCCUUAGAUCAUUUGGGGCCAGUCGCAACCUGUUAGAUUUAUAGAUAACAGAUGUCAAGCCUAGUAGAUGACCUCUUAGGUGUCCUUGAUGGUGCAAUCCCAAGGGCAGAGGCUGCCCGCCUGCUCGCGGUAAACGGCAACGACCUAGCCGCAGCCGUCUCGGCGUACUUUUCAGAAGCUGAGGCGAGGGCAUCAAAUAAUGCACCUCGCACGGCCCUUGAAAGGCUGCGCGAUUGCCUGGGACCGGGACCACCGUCCGCACAACUUUCCGAGCUCCUUCGCAGUACAAACGGCUCAGUCGAUGCUGCAGCGGGGCUUUACUUCGACAAUCCCAACGCGGGCCUGCCGCCCGGCGAUGGUGCUGGCAGCAGCGGUCAACAUGCCGCUGAUCCAGCCAGGGAAGCGAGAGUGGGCAUGGCUGCGGGCGGCGGCGGCGCCGCAGCUGCCGCAGCUGCUGCUGGUGACGGCCAGCGUGCAGUCGCGCCUGCGGGGCCUGCAGGGCCACGCCUACGUGAGGUGGUUAACCUGGCGGAAGGUAGUGACGGCGAGGGUAGAGCGCCCCCCAACGAGGGCCGCUUAGAUGCUGCUCCUGCUGCUGCUGCCACGGCUAGAUCCAACCCAUCCGCUCGUCGUGAGGCCGACGCGCUGCUUGCUAGGCAGCUGUUUGGUGGCAAUGCGCUUGAUGGGCGGCAGGCGAACGGUGUUGCUGCUGGGGGAGCAGCCGCUGCCGGCGGCGGCGCUGGCAACGGGCAGCGGGCCCCUCUGCCGCCGAGGGCGAAUGCGGAGCCCCAGCCGCAUCAGCGGCAGCCGGUGCAGCAACAGCCGCGACCGGGCCAGCCCCCAGGCGUGGCUGGCGGCGUGGGGGCUGAAGCCCAAGCUGCGGCGGCGCGGCAACCACCUGUUCCUGUUCCUGCUCCCGGUGCUGCUGCUGCGGCGGCAGCUGGUGCUGCAGCGGCCCCUGCUGCCGCAAGGGCAGCGCCAGCAGCAGUGCCGGCACCUGCUGCUGCAGCAGCACCGGCAGCGGCAGCAGCAGCGCCGGCACCUGCUCCAGCGGCGGCGAGGGCACCUGCUCCCGCAGUAGCGGCAGCGCCGGCAGCGGGAGCGCCGGCAGCAGCGCCAGCUGGGGUACCUGCAGCGCCUGUCGUGGCCGCGGCGGCUCCAGCGGCUCCAGCGGCGGCGGCGGCAGCAGGUGAAGGUGCCGCGCAGGCGGCACGGGAAGCUGCGGCUGAGUUGCUGCCAAUCAUGGACGGUGACAUGCUUUGGCGGCGUAAGCGCCACCAAGGCCCCUACCCAAGUACCAUGCGCCUGCCGCUGCCGGAGUGUCGCCGACCCGACGGGUCACUCUUCGUGGACGACCAAGACGGCGUGCCAUGCAACCGGGUCCCGCCGCCUCCGCAGCAGCCUGGCAGCUCGUACACCUGGCCCAUGCGGCUGGGGGAGGUCUUCGCGCCCCUGGACUUUCCAUCCGCGCUGCCGCCGGGACCGGUGCGAGACGGCCUGGUUGGGAUGGUGUCGGAGUGGGUUUCGAAGGGCAAGCUCAACCCCACUCCUUACCGCAAGACGUGGUUGCAACCUGGUCAGCCUCUCGGCGGUUUAUGUUGGAACUCGGAGCAUAUGAGGAGCAUCCGGCCGGGCGGCGAGGAUCGCCGCCAACUGGUGUUGUAUGUAGUGGACGAGGCGUUCAUUCGGGAAGCGCUGGACAAAUAUCCGCAACUUCACCCCAGCCUGGUUACCUAUCGGUGGUUGGGGCCUGGCGGGGUUUUGGCGCGGUCGCUGCGGCUGGCCGAGGCCGCGGCUGGGAGCCCGCUGGAGCGGCUGGCCAGGGUGUACGACAGGGGCUCAGCAGUGAACAACCUGGCGACGACGAAACUGGAUAUGUCUGCCGACGACGGACUUCUCGUCAAUGUGCGCCUUUUCGGCCCCGGCUUGAUCUUCCGAGACGGCUUUCCGCUCAAGACUGAUCUCGAGGCCAACGAGCCUGGCGCCGCUUCUGGUGACGAGAGCGAACCCGGAUCUGAAUCGGACGACGAGGAUUCGGAUUCCAGCAGCGGCGAUUUAGAUUCCGACGUCGAAGGAGAGGGGGCUGCUUCUUCGCGUCCCGCCGUGGCCAAGAAGGGCAAGCAGUCGGCUGCGGGUCAGAAGCGCGGCCGCAAUGAAGAAGUGGACGCCAGGGGAAAGGGGAAAGGCAAGGGCGGGGGCAAGGCGGCUGCGGCAGCCGACAAGAGGACGUCUAAGGCGGCGGGUAGAGGCGGUAAGAAGGCAGAGGAGGAGAGCAAGGGGAAGAAGAUGAAGCAAGACAAGGAGGCAGCGGCGCCGCCGCGUAAGCGAGCCAGGAAGGACGAUGCGGUAGCAGCGGCUGCCGCAAAGCCAGCGAAGAAAGCAGCUCAUGCGGGCGGUAGCGGCCGCUCAGGCGCUGCUGCUGCUGCGGGAGGUGCGGGUGGUGUCGCGGGUCCUUCCGCUGGCCGACGCGGCCCCCCUCCCCCGGGCUUCGGCGACGGUCGCUUCCAUGUGGGCCUGGAGUUCUUCAUGACUGAGGAGAAGCUGCAGGUCACAUCCCCCCCGGGGGCCAGCAAGGUCGACAACGGAGUGCGCAGGAGGGUCGCUGGCGCCGUCCGGGGCUACUCCCGUACGGAGGCGGAGGAGCUCUCUGCCGUACUGCAUAUACUGCUGGAGUACGGCAGCGGCAUUCUGGUGGGCCCUGACUGCGACGGGGCGAUCAACACGGGAGACGCCGCCGUGGUGGCUGCGGGAGCGGGCGGGAGCAGGGGUCAGGCGGCGCAGGAUGCCGGAGCGGGUCCAGGGCCCUCAGCGGGCGGCGCCAGAGGCCGUGCGGGCAGCGUCGAGUCGGAGGGGGCUGGAGGAGCGGCUGCGGCUGCGGCUGCUGGGGUUGCGGCUGAAAAUGGCGAGGAGGUUCACGACCUGGACUCGCUGCUGGACAGCAUCCGGCCGCCCGCCGAUCUGCCCCAGGCAGCCCCUCCGCCUGCAGUGCUGGCGCACCCCAAGCCCUUCCAGCUACAGGGUCUGGAGUGGAUGUUGCGGCGAGAGCGGCGAGGCGACGCGGUGGGGCGCUCGCUGCUGCUGCUGCACCCGGCUUGGGCGCAGCUGGUGGUGUCGAGCUCGGGCCUGGUGCUGCACGUGCACCGCCUGCAGCCGCCCUACGUCUCGCCCGACUUCUUCCCCUCGCCGGUGGGCGGCACAUGCGGCGGCUUCUUGUGUGACGAGAUGGGCCUCGGCAAGACGCUGCAAACGCUCAUGCUCCUCGUGUCCAACCCGGCGCCCGCGGACUGGCCGGCCAAGCCCGUCCCGUUCAGCGGACCUGCGGUUGAUCGGCUGUGGAGAACGCAUUGCUGGCCCAAACGGAGGGGCGGCGGCAGCGACGGCGGCAGCAACGAUAGCGCUGCUGCGGCGGCUGCGGCCCCGGCUGCGGCGGCGUCACCGGCUGCGGCUGCGGCACCGGCGGUCCCCAGGUUAACUGGCUUGGAGGAUACUGCCCAAGACGAGCCCAUCCCCGUGCGUACAACGCUGCUGGUGAUGCCGGCUAAUUUGCAGGAUCAGUGGGUGGAGGAGAUUCAACGGCACCUGCAGCCCGGAGCCAUCCGCUGGGCUGUCUUCCAAGGCCGCGACGACAGCAAGCCCUUCGUGCAGCUCCCCAGCUGCCAACUGGGGGACUACCUGCCCGAUCCAGCAGCAGCAGCAGAAGCAGCCGACGGCGGGGCUGCGGCGGCCGACGGCAUCAGCGACGACGUACGGACCCGCCGCCGUCGGGCCGCACGACAGGUGGCCAGUUUGGUGGCGGCGCAGGGGCGCACGCGGCUGGGGCCGAAGCUGCUGCCGCCGGUGAUGGCACAGGGCGCGGAUGGGGCCCUGGUUGCCGUACACUCAUGCGACGUCGUACUCGUGUCGUAUGAGGUCCUGCGGCGGGAGCUCUCCCUGCGCGGUGGCGGAGGCAGCGCCUCUGCCGGCGCGCUGCUGUCGCGGUUGGGCUUCUGGCGCAUUGUGCUGGACGAGGCGCAGCUGGUGGCCAACAACAACAGCGUGGCGGCGGAGGUGGUGAGCUCGCUGUACCGGCGGCAUGCAUGGGUGGUCACAGGCACGCCCAUCUCCAGCAAGUUGGACGAGGUGCAGGGGCUCUGCGAGUUCCUGUCGUACGAGCCGUACUACCAGGGGCCCGUGUGGCGCAACCUCGUACAGCUGCCGUACACGCAGCGCAGCCCCAUGGGCGUUGCGUCCUUCCGUUCGCUGUUGCGAGGUGUGAUGCUGCGGCGCAGCAAGGCGGGGGUGGAGGCCCAGCUGGCGCUGCCGCCCUGCAGCCACGUCACCAUCCGGGUGCAGCUCAGCGGGGUGGAGCGGGCCUUCUACGACGUGCUGCGGAACCGCUACAACACCCUGAUGGCCUCCGCACGGGCUGCGGCUGCAACGCGGGAGGGAGGCAUUGCAGCGGCGGCGGGGCGGGCUGGCGCCCCCGCUGUCGAGCACAGUGACGACAGCGACGAUGGCGGCGGCGGCGGCCGGCGGCGGCGGGGUCUGGGCCGGGGCCGUGCUGGCAGCGGCCGGGCCAUCGGUGACGACAACCGGCGCUCCAACAUCAGCAACAACCAGCGCGCCCAAAUCGCCCUAGUGGAACUGCGGCAGGCCUGCUGCCACCCCCACAUUGUACGGAGGGUGGCGGAGGCAGCGGACGCAGCAGCGGGGGCCUCCAGGGGGCGUGGCGGCGGUGCAGGUGGAGGUGGCAGCGCCGGGGCUGCAGCGGCGGACAAGGGCAAGGGCGGUGGAGGCGGCGGUGGCGGGCAGAGCAUGAGGCAGAUCAUGGCCAAGCUGGUCUCGGAUGCGUACUCUACUUACGACCUGGCCGUGGUCGCGUACUUUGCUUGCCGGAUGCAGCAGGCCGCCCUAUCGGACUUUGGAGCGUUGGGCGGCCCCGACGGCGGCUCCGCCGGGCCUUCAAGUAGCGCUGCCGCCCUCCUGCGGGCAGCCGGGGCCAACAACAACAACAACGAUAACAACAAUAACAACAACAACAGGGUGGCACCGCGCGCCAACGGCCCCUCCAUGCUCGCGUCCAUCAUGCAAGCAAUAGCUGGGCCGUGGAUGCGGCGAACUGCCAAGCCAGCGGAGGCGGCUGCCCGGCCGCUGGGCGGCGGCGGUGGCAGCGGCAGCGCUGCCGGCGGCAGCGCCAACCUGCCGACCGAUGCCGCCGCCCAGGUCGCUGUGGGAUCGCUGCUGGAGGCUGGAGGGGCUGCCGGGGCCCCUGCGGACGACGGCAGCAGCGGGGCCGCAGCAGGCGGCAGCGGCCGACGUGGCAGCAGCGGCGGAGGCAGCACUUGGGCGUUCAGCGACGCCGUGGGCACGCUGGGAUGGCUGAUUGAGGACAUUCGGCGAAUGGGGCUGCUGGUUUCGGAGACGGAUGUGGCUGCGCAGGCGCGGAUCCGAAAGGCUGACGGCGGCAUUGACUGGGAUAAGGCCGGCAUGGCGGCGGCGUUUCGUGCUGCCGCCGAUGGCAGUGGCGCCGGCGGCAGUGGUGGUGGCGGUGGUGGUGGCUUAGCGGGCCGUGCGCUGACGACGGCGGAGGAGCAAGCCCGCGAGCGGAAACGCCGGUGGCAGCGGCAGGAGCUGGAGGGCCUCAUGCUGUGCACGUACAUCGCCUGCCUCAAGGCGCCGUACGGCACACUGCAGCUCCUCGCCAGCCGCGCUAAUGCCAGGUCCAUGACGGAGGCAGCGGCGGCAGCGGGGGAGGGGGCCGCGGCGGCGGCGGCGAAGGCGGAGCGCCUAGCGGAGGCGCUGGCGGCGGCGCAGGAGAAUGCUGAGGUGGGACUUGCCUUGUACGAGUCUAACAACGGCCAGGUCGGCGGAGGUGGGGCAGCUGGCGGAGGCGGAGGUGGGGCAGCGGUGGUGGGUGCGGCGCCUCAGGAUCAGCAGCGGAAGAGGCGGCGAGCUGAGGAGGAGGAGGAGGAUGACGGCGCGGCAGCUGGUGAGGAUGGGGAUGCAGCGGCGGCGGAGGCGGCUGAGGCGGAAGUAGGGGCGGACGGUCCACAGCUGAAGAGGCGCAGGGUGGGAUUUGCCGGCGGGGUUGACGACGCCGCUGGGUCGGCGGCAGCAGGUGGUGUCAGCGGCGCCGGUGGUCCAAGCAUGAUGCUGGUGGAGAAGCUGAGGAAAGCCGCAAAGGCGCAGGCGGGGGCACAGGCCGAAGCGGCGGAGGGGCAGGGCGCUGCUCAAGGCAAUGCAAGCGGCGGCGACGGCGGCGGCGAGCCGGCGCAAUCUGACAACCAGCUGAGGAGGCUGGCGGACAGGUUGCGGGUUGCCGCCAAAGCAGCCUCGGACGCCAAGGACGCUGAGAGCCGGGCCAGGGUCACCGCGGAGACGGCGGCGGAGUUGGCGGCGGCGGCACGGGCGGCGGCGGCGGCGGAAGAGGCAGCGGCGGAUGCGGAGGUGCUGGCUGCGGUGCGGUGGCUUGAGGAGCUCGGGGAGGAGGCCAACACACUGCGCGGCAAGAUGGGGCUGGAGCGGGUGGAGUGGGUGCUGGCGGAGUCGGACCUGCGCCGCAGCAGGAGGCAGCAGCAGGAGGGCGGAGCGGCGGGCGCAGGUCCUAGCGGUUCGGGUGCGGGCGUCAUCGUGGGCGGCGGCGGUCUGCGAGGUGCUGGCGGGGUGUCGGAUGAGGAGGAGAGCGACGAGGAGGACGAGUGGCACGACAGCGACAGCAGCAGCAGUGGGGAGGACGACCGCCGAGGGCGGGGCGGGGGCAGGCGCAGGAGCGGCAGACGUUCCAGCGGCGGUUCAGACCUGGUGGGCGGCGGCCGACGAGGCGCUCGCACGCCCGCGGGCCGGCGGCGGCGGCGACACUCGCGCAAGCCCGAUGCUGGCGCCGCCGCUGCGGCGGCUGACGGCGGCAGCGGAGGCGCCCUGGCGGGUCAGCUGGUGUCGCUGGGCGGCACUCCCUCCCAGGAGGCACUCUUCCGGUCCGAGACCGCCGCUCGCUUCUUCCUGCAGCACCUGGGCCGCAAGCCCGAGGCGCGGGGCCCGCAGCUGAAGGGCGAGGAGGGCCGGCUGCUGCAGCCGGUGCGGGAGGCGUACAGCUCGCUGCAGCACCUGCUCAACCAGCAGGAGCAGCUCGGACUGUCCGACGCCCAAGUAGCCGCCCCAGCUCCUGCUGCCUCAGCAGCUGCUGCUGCCGCCGCUGCUGCCGCCGCUGCCGGCCCCUCCACCUCUGCAGCUGCUGCGGCUGCUGCUGCUGCCCCGCCGUACAACGGCACUGCUGGCUCCUCCGGCAGCGGUGGCAGCGGCAGCGGUGCCGGGCCGUUGGGAAGUCAGGCUGCUGCUGCUGCCGCUGCUGCGGCUGCUGCUGCAGGCCCCCCUCAGCCCGGCGCCGGCAUCCCCAGCUGGGGGUCGCUUACCGGGGCCGGCUCUGCAGCGGGUGGUGCGGGUGCUGCAGGGGCGGGUGCUGCGGGUGCGGGUGGGGAAGUGGAGGAGUUCAGCUGCCCCAUUUGCCUGGACAACUGCGAGCGGCGCACCAUCACGGUGUGCGGACACACCUACUGCACCGACUGCAUACACGACAUCGUGCAGAACAAGGGCACGGCGCCCUGCCCCAUCUGCCGGCGGCCGCUCACUCGGGAGAACCUGUUCGACAGUGUCCCCGAGGAGGAGGCGGCGGAGGAUGAGGCCCUGGCGGCGGCGGCCGCAGCCGCGGCACCGGGCGCAGCUGGAAGCAGGGGCGGCAGCGGGGCCGGAGGCGAUGAUGCGAACUACGGAUCCAAGGUAUCCGCGCUGCUGUGCGAGUUGCGGCGCAUGUCGUCCGAGCAGCCCGGCAGCUGCAAGGCGCUGGUGUUCAGCAGCUGGGGCCGCCUGCUGCGGCUGGUGCAGCAGGCGCUAGCGGAUAACGGCAUCCGCUGCGCCAGUCUGGUGGGCGGCGGCCCCGCGGUGCGGCAGGCGGCGCUGCACUCCUUCCUGCACGACCCGGACUGUCAGGUGCUGCUGCUGCUCAAGACGCACAGCGGAGGAGCAGCGGGUCUGACCCUCACCGUGGCGCACACCGCCUUCCUGCUGGAGCCGGCGUUGAACCCGGGGCUGGAGGCGCAGGCGGCGGCACGCAUCUGGCGGCUGGGGCAGCAGCGGCCCACGCGCGUGGUGCGCAUCAUUGCGGAGGACACUGUGGAGGACAGGGUGCUGGCUCUGCAGCAGCACCGGCAACAGCACGGAGGCACCGCGGGGGCAGUAGCGGCGGGGGCGGCAGCGGCAGGGGCAGGCGGCGAGGCAGGAGGCGGCGAGGGCGGCGGCGUGGAGACGGUGGACGGAAACGUGUUGAUGCGCUUCUUUGACAGGGUGUAGAGGCAGGAUUGUAGAGGGAUGGCUGCAGAGGGCGGGUCGUGGAUGGAGGGCUGUAAUGCAUGAAGCAUCAUGAGAGCUUGGAGGGGUGCCAGGUUUUUUACGUGUAGUGCAUGGCAGCGGCAGUAGCCAAGCAGGAGGGAGGUGAUAGCUCUUGAGACGCAGGUGGGGGACGCAGGUGGGGGACGCAGGUGGGGGAUGAAGACUAGGAUUACAGGCAGUCCGCAGGAGGCAUCGAAUGUUGUGCAGGGUUGGCCAUCGGCUGACUAUGAAUGAAGAUUGAAGCGAUCCUAGACAGAAACGUUUGCCAUGCAGCAGCCCUGUGUUGCAGCGGGAACCAGGGAAGGGGCUGCGUGACUGUGUGCGAUGCCCUGAGAUGCAAAACCAUCAGGAAGACGGCCCCUCACCAUUUCGCCACGUGAAUAUAAGGGGCCGGGGCUUUGCGCAGCAGGUGGUAGCGUUGUUGCAGUCCCACCCGUUUGGCACGCGGCUCGGAGAAACGUUUUCCAUGCCGGAUUGCAUGCAGCCGCAUGGAUGCCGCUGGAAACACUGUACAUGGUUUGUAGGGCGGUCGUGGUUUACAAGCAGCAGGUGGUAUGAUGAUAACACAGGCGUAGCGAGCAUUAGCCCCGCGGUUUGCGUGGGUCGCAUGGCUGCAUGGUGGGGCUGAGCGGAGGUACUUUCCUGUGGCGCGAGAGGCGGGUGCCGCCCGGUGCCAGUGCACGCGGCGCGUGGCUGCGGGUUUGCUUUCGAGGAGCCGCAGGGGGGGACCCGGGGGAACUGCUGAGGGAGCCCUGAUGUUUGGGCCUUGCUGUGGAUCCCAACUCCCAAGGGCCCCUGUGCAUGCCAGCACGCCGGCUUCUGCAUGGCGGGGAUUAAAGGGUUCUGGCU